AUGUCAACGACCAGAAAAACCGUUGCUGUGAUUGGCGCAGGAAUAUCCGGAUUGGUGUCAAUCAAAAGUUGUCUUGAAGAGGGUUUAGAACCCGUAUGUUUUGAACAACACGAUGACAUAGGUGGAGUGUGGUACAACACAGACGAACUAAGGCAAGGUCAAGGUCCCCGAGCCUACGACAGCCUCGUUACCAAUUCCAGCAAGGAUAUGAUGUGCUUCAGCGACUACCCCUACCCCAAACACUACCCUCCUUAUCUGACCUGCCAAAUGGUCCACUCAUACCUACACAGCUAUGCCGAACACUUCCAGCUGAAAAAGUACAUCCAGUUUCAAAAGAAAAUUGUCAAAGUUUCCAAAGCAGAUGAUUAUGACAUUUCCGGAAAAUGGAUUGUCGAGACGGAAAGUGCCGAAGGAGAUUUAAAUCGUCACGUGGUCGAUGCCGUGAUGGUAUGUUCUGGGUUCUACAAAAUACCUCACUACCCGAAAGUUGAAGGAAUGGAAGAGUUUGAAGGAUUCAAAACGCAUUCUCAGGCAUUUAAAACGGGCCAGAUUUACAAAGAUAAAACCGUUCUCGUUGUUGGUAACGCAAAUUCCGCAGGCGAUAUUGCUGCUGACGUCAGCAAUUAUGCAAAACAGGUCUACUUGAGUGUCGGGGACGGCUGCUGGAUCUUAACGCGACUUACAAAUGGCGGCAUACCACGUGACUUUGUGCACAGACGCUUUCUCCUGCAGAUGAUGCCUGAAUCGGUUGUGAAUCGAAUCAUCAUGCAAGAAGCCAACAGAAACCUAGACCACGAGACAGCCGGGGUCCGCCCUGACAAACCGCCGCUCAGAUCCUGUGUCCUCGUCAAUGACGAAAUACAGAUGAAGGUCAUGAGCGGCAAGGUCAAGGUCGUCGAUAGGUUAAAGAAACUACGUCAGCGGAGUGCUCAUUUCGCCGACGGAAACGUUGCCCGCGAUGUGGACGGUGUUGUUUUUGCGACUGGUUUCGACAGAGAUCUCAGUUUCUUAGACUCCAGUGUUGGUGGCGAUAACGACAAGCUUGAAUUUUACAAAAUGGCGUUCCCAGUCCAUCUGCGUCAUCAGACGCUUGCAAUGAUUGGUUGUUUCAGUACAGUAGGUGCACAUCCGCCCGCGUUUGAACUGCAGGCGCGAUUGGCUGCCAGGGUGUUUGCUGGAAAACAUCGUCUGCCUUCAGAAGACAUCAUGGUGAAAGAUGUUGAAAAGUGGAACACAUUUGUGAAAGAGAGAACCGGCUAUUACAAAUAUAAAGUUAUUUUUAAAGUCGUACUAUCUUUAUUUCAGUUUCCAACACUUCUUAUCAGGGACGACAUAGCGACCGAACUGGGGGUGAAACCUAAAUUCUGGGACCUGUUCUGGACGGAUCCAAGACUUGCCUUCAGCUGUUUCUUUGGUCCGGCGUUUCCAGUACAGUAUCGUCUGCUCGGACCCGGCGCGUGGGAUGGGGCUGCGCAUGCGUGUCGUCAAGUGUACACAAACAGUAUUAUGGCGGUGCAACACCGACGUCCGCCCCCUUUUAAAGGAGGGGUGGUGUCAAAAUACCUGAGACUUAUUGUAACUAUUUUUGUUUUGUCAGGAAUUUUGUAUUUGAUAGGCCUAACUGGUUAGUGAAAUGUUUUGCCUUGUGAUAAAUGACUAUGAGUGCCGUCCAUUUUUUCUCUACCUAUUUUAAACUUUUAAGGAAAAAAACAUGCAAUUAUCCUCACCGGUAUCAAAAAACAAACACCCCGGGGAAAUGAUAUGCUGC